AUGGGAAGUUCAGCUUCAAAAGCUGCAAGAAAAUACCCUCCUCAAGCAGCUCAGGCCGCCUUGAAGAAUGGCGCGAAAGCUCGCGCGCCUCCGGCCCCGGCUCAGACCGAGCAUCUAGCUGACAGCCAUCGCAGCGCAGCCAUUGAAAGAGAUGCAGGGGAUCCAGAUUUUAUGGCCAAUCUGAGCCGACUGGGGCAGGUACGAGUCGACCACCACAUGCAACCUGUUCGACUGCAAUCCCCCAGCACGACCAAACUCUUCGAAUCUCGCGCCGAGGCAGUAAACGAAUCGUCGCAACCCACGAGGAACAAGCUAUACGCGUUCGUCCUCAGCGACCUGCUCGACAAACGCAAAGCUGUUAAAACGAGGGCCGACCUGGAGAAGUUGGCGAAGGAGUAUAACGUGGAUGUGGACAAGCUGGAGGGCCUAGCUAGGUUCGUGAGCAGUCCGAGCAUCAGCAACUCGAAUGUACGGCCGGCGAAGGGCAAAUCGGAGGAGGAAGGCUUCAUUGCUACGGCAGUUUGGUUAGAACCUAAUCUUCGAGGUUCGUAG